UUCACACGCUGCUAGCUUCAAACUGCGCGAAACGAUGACGGCAAGCAAGAUGGAGUCGGAGUGCAGAGAAUUCGCUGCGGAAAGCUUCAAGUGCAUGGAAAGCUUCGGCACCAAUCGAGAAAAGGCAAAGGACGCCUGCGGGCCGUUCUUCGAGCGCUACAAGGAAUGCCUGCAAAGAGAAUCAGACGCGUUAAAGAAGGCACAAAGGGAGGGCCCACCGCGAAGAUUCUUCGGAUGAACAACACUGCUGCAGCGCACCAAGCAACAGCAAGAAGAAUAGAUACAUAGGUAGAUGGAUGGAAGGCUGUACAAGAAUUUGGACGACGAGCGGGACGAGGACGACGCCAGCGGCCACCCUUUCCCUCGUGGGGUUGGUUUUCUGUUGUUUUUGUUUUUUUGGGAGUUUACUCUUUUCUUUCAGAAUUAGCAUCUUUUUUUUUUGUCGUUUCACGUUCCAGAUAGUAAGAAAGCAGUAGGUCACAAGAAACACGGCAGGCUUCUCGUCGAGUGUAGCAAUGUUCGGGUCUUGUGUCUUCUUGUCAAGGCGUAGGAAGAGGAAUGUUCCCACUAUCGAUGCCAACGCAGCAAUCUGGAGGUGUGGUAGAGCGCCGUGAAUUCACCCCGUGUUGAUGUUCUCGAGUGUUGCAAGGUUGGCUUAUGGCGAUGCUGCCUCGGAACAAAGGGGCAGUUUUGACGAUGCAAUAGGGGUGAGGCUCAUUGAAGACAUACAGUGGGGGUCCCGGUUUUGUGCUGGCACGUGCCCUGAAAAUUCAUCGGCACCACAUACAAUACCGGACCGGCUCGAUUCAAAGUGCCGACAAUGACUUGGAAAUUCGGUGUGUGCCCGCCAAUAACCCGGGCACUAUACCGGGGCAUUGGCACUGUUCAACCGGCACUAAAGAGGGCACCCUCUGUGCUCCGUUCUUGUUUGCUGGCUCCUUUUUUGUUUUGGGAUCUUCGACAUCUACAAAUUGCGCCUCACAGAUGGUUUAGCUAGCCGUAAGGAGGAAGUUCGAUAUGCGACACGGUUAUCGCGCAACAAGCAUCGGUCUCACACUUG